AUGGGUUUCUUCAGCUUCCUCUACCAGUCUCCCCGGGCCUCGGCCACUGAAACCGAUCCCAUCGUUGAUCUCACGACUCUCUACCCGCCUCGUAACCCCGCGGUGAUGCGUCGAAUCACGAAGGAACCUCACAUCCCCAUCGAAAUCGUUAUGAACAUCCUCGAGACCGCUUACGACGACGACGAGCCCGAGUCGAAUGUCAAGCUCUUCGCCAGCUGCGCCUUGGUCUGCCGUGACUGGUCUUUCAUCGCCCAAAAACUCCUGUUCCGUCAUGUCACCCUCGACAACCAGACGGCAUACAUCGCCUUCCAGCAUGCCGUUGAUCGCUCUUCUCCUCGGGGUCGUAUGCUCGGGGACUCCGUCAUGCACAUGCGUCUCACUCUUGACCACAAUCAACCCUACCGUUUGUCCCAACGUUCGUUCGCCCGCGCAGUUACUUUCUGCCCCAACCUCCUCGAGCUGCGCAUCGCCCUCUUCGGCGAGGGUGGUCCUGGAUUUGAUGUCGUGGGCUCCCCUGAUUCUGAGCGUAUGAAGCGUCCUGCUCCGUCGUUCGAUGAGCGCACGCUUGCGCUCCUUCGCACGGGCCCCAGCAUACAGUCGCUUCACUUCAGCAACUGGUCUGACAACAGCUCGUCAUUGUGCCAGCUUCUGGAUAUCUGGCCAACGCUCAAGUCGCUGAGCAUCAGCGGCGUGCCACCUCAGCUUCUCAAUUCCGCCGCGCCCUUUCCCUGUCCACUCGAGGAGCUCCGCAUGAACUUCCAGACUGCGCCUUCAGUUGAUUUCAUGAAGUGGCUUCUGCACAAUUCCACUUCAAGUCUGCGUACGUUGGAGAUGGAACGGGAGCCGCCACUCGAUCUGCUUGAGCAUCUUAUCUCCGAGCACGGUGCCUCGCUUCAGUCGCUUGCUCUUCCGAGUUGCGGCGGGCACGACGCGGUGGCGGCAUUGCAGAGGUGCGAUGCCCUUCGGGAGCUUAGGAUCGAGAGCGCAUGGGCGCCGCCUGUCAUCUUCAAGAGCUUGUCGGACUCCGUCGAGCACAUCGCGUUUGGUAUCGACGCGGACACCCCUCUACAGCCACUUGAGAAAGCCAUCAAGCGCAGUGAGGGCCUUCGGGCUGUCACUCUGCACAUCUGGCACGGCGGCCAUGAUCACCCACAGCUGAACGCUGUCAAGGUUGCUUGUGCCCGUCGAGGCAUCGAGCUCAGGAUCACUGAGGACAUUAGGGUGUUCCGCGUGAUUACUCGUGGGGUACUUGAUUCUAUACCACGACCUUUGGAGGCUCUCUAUUGA